ACACACACACACACACACACACGCCCAUUGGCAGACAGGGCCACACCUCACAGCUCUGAGGGGAAGCCACAGACCUCAGCUGUACAAGCUGAGCCUGGACUGGAGGAACUUUCCGCAGGACUCAGUACAAACAGCCCACAGACACGACUGUCUGCGAGCCUGAGCCCCGGGCGAGCGCUGGCGUUGGCAGGUACGCGGUGCGCCCCCGCUUCAGGGCCUGGGCGGUGCAGCAGCGGCGGGAGGGUCCGGGGCUGCAGAGGCCGGUGCCAGCGUGCGCGCGCCCCCGGCCGGGCCAGCCGCAUCCCGGGUCCGCCCCUCGCAGCCCGCCUCGGGCGUCCUCGGGCAGCCCCGCUCGGCGCUCGCGGCGGGUCCUCCCGCCGGCCGCCCCAGCCUUGAACAUGGCUGCGCGCCCCGCCGCCACCCUCGCCUGCGCGCUGCUGCUCUGCUGGGCUCUGCUCCGCGGCGGCUGCCCGGCGCGCUUUACCGCCGAGCCGGACUCGGAGGACGACGAAGAGGAGGCGAGGGUUUUGCCCGAGUCACCACUGCAGAGACCCACGGUGCUGGUGGCCAUCCUGGCCCGCAACGCCGCGCACACGCUGCCUCACUUCCUCGGCUGCCUGGAGCGGCUGGACUACCCCAAGAGCAGGAUGGCCAUCUGGGCAGCCACUGAUCACAACGUGGAUAAUACGACGGAAAUCCUCAGGGAGUGGUUGAAAAAUGUACAGAGAGUCUAUCACUAUGUGGAGUGGAGACCUAUGGACGAACCUGAGUCUUACCCUGAUGAAAUUGGACCAAAGCACUGGCCUGCCUCCCGUUUUGCCCAUGUGAUGAAACUACGACAGGCAGCCCUUCGAACUGCGAGGGAAAAAUGGUCAGACUACAUUCUGUUCAUAGAUGUCGACAACUUCCUGACUAACCCACAGACCCUCAGUCUAAUGAUUGCAGAAAACAAAACCAUCGUGGCCCCCAUGCUGGAGUCUCGGGGCCUGUACUCAAAUUUUUGGUGCGGAAUCACACCUCAGGGCUUCUAUAAACGGACCCCAGACUACCUUCAGAUUCGAGAAUGGAAGAGGAUGGGCUGCUUUCCCGUGCCCAUGGUCCACUCCACAUUCCUGAUUGACCUCAGGAAGAAAGCCUCUGACGAGCUGAUGUUCUAUCCCCCGCACCAGGACUACACCUGGACCUUUGAUGACAUCAUCGUCUUCGCCUUCUCCAGCAGGCAAGCAGGCAUCCAGAUGUACCUCUGCAACCGAGAGCACUACGGCUACCUGCCCAUCCCCCUGAAGCCCCAUCAGACCCUGCAAGAGGAUGUCGAGAGCCUUAUCCACGUGCAGAUAGAAGCAAUGAUUGACCGUCCUCCAAUGGAACCCUCGCAGUUUGUCUCAGUGGUCCCGAAAUAUCCAGACAAGAUGGGAUUUGAUGAGAUUUUCAUGAUAAACCUCAAACGCAGAAAGGACAGGCGAGACCGGAUGUUACGCACCCUGUAUGAGCAGGAGAUUGAGGUCAAGAUCGUGGAGGCCGUGGAUGGAAAGGCACUCAACACAAGCCAGCUGAAGGCCCUGAAUAUUGAAAUGCUGCCUGGAUACCGAGAUCCCUACUCCUCCAGGCCUCUUACCAGGGGGGAAAUUGGCUGCUUUCUUAGCCACUACUCGGUCUGGAAGGAGGUAAUUGACCGAGAGCUGGAGAAGACUCUCGUGAUUGAGGAUGAUGUGCGUUUUGAGCAUCAGUUCAAGAAGAAGCUGAUGAAGCUGAUGGAUGACAUUGACCAGGCUCAGCUGGAUUGGGAACUGAUUUAUAUUGGUAGGAAGAGGAUGCAAGUGAAAGAGCCAGAGAAAGCAGUGCCCGAUGUGGUGAAUCUGGUGGAAGCUGACUAUUCCUACUGGACGCUGGGCUACGCCAUCUCUCUGGGAGGAGCACAGAAGCUGGUGGGAGCCGAUCCUUUUGGGAAGAUGCUGCCAGUGGACGAGUUCCUGCCGAUCAUGUACAACAAGCAUCCCGUAGCUGAGUACAAGGAAUAUUACGAAUCCAGGGACUUGAAAGCCUUCUCCGCAGAACCCUUGCUCAUCUACCCCACACACUACACAGGCCAGCCGGGCUAUCUGAGUGACACGGAGACCUCGACCAUCUGGGACAAUGAGACAGUGGCCACUGACUGGGACAGGACACAUUCCUGGAAGUCCCGGAAGCAAGGUCACAUCCACCACAAUGCCAAGAACACAGAGGCCCUCCCACCGCCAACCUCCCUGGACACGGCGCCUUCGAGGGAUGAGCUAUGAAGGCUCCACGGGGGUUCACCACCCAUUAGUUUUUCUAACGGGCUGUUCACCUGUUUGCUCC